UGCACACGCUCAGUCGCACUAAUGAGCAAGCCUUGAGCUACCCAGCAGCGCUGAUCUUUCGUCAGCCCGGGCCACAGCGAAACAUCAGAGGCAGCGAGACACCAGGCUGAUCUGCAGUCGGCCGACCGCAAAGCAAAAGGAGAGAUAUUGCCAGAUAAAUUAGUCCGUCGGGGAGGAAGGGAGUUGAUUUGCGCGCAACUGCUACCCUGCACUUUUCUUUCCUUUUCCUCUCUGCAUCCAGCCAUGGAGGAGAUGCUCACCUGCAGCCGAAGCCCCUUCUCCCAGGUGUUUGGGCGCCAGGGUCAGCUCAUGCAAGCCACGGUGCAGUCCCUGAACAGCUUGAACGAUCAGAUCGCAAGUUUCAUCGUGACGGGACCCAAGUCACUUGAGCAGGAUGAUAACGUAUAUUGUCCCCCCGAGAAGGAGACGCUGCAGAAGUCAAUGACCUUGAUGAGGCACCUCCUCGUGGAUGCUCAGGCAAAAAUCCUGAAAAUGAUGGAUGACAACAAGCAGCUGGCUCAGCGCAUCGACGGAGCCAUUCAAUCAGCCAGCCAGGAGGUGACCAACUUGCGCUCGGAACUGAGCGCCACCAGCCGCAGACUGACCGAGCUGGGGGCCGCUGACCCUUCCGGCAGCAUGCUUGAGACCCUGCAGCACAAUCACAACGGUGAGACAACGCGGGCGGCUAGUGGAAGCGCAGACGCAUGCCGAUGCGAUACACCUCUGCAUACGAGGCAGAAGCCUCCCUCCACUGACCUUUGCUACACGAGUGAAAUCAGCAGUCUGAUGGACUUCAACUCUCCUGAUGCCUCCCUGGACAAAGUUCUACUUCGCGAGGAAGUGGCCCAACUGCAGGAAGAGGUGCACCUGCUGCGCCAGAUGAAGGAUAUGUUGAGUAAGGACCUGGAGGAGAGCCAAGGAGGAUGUUCGGCCGACGUGCUUUCUGCCACCGAGCUCCGCGUGCAGGUGGCCCAAAAGGAGCAGGAGCUGGACCGAGCCAAGGAGGCUUUGCAAGCCAUGAAGUCAGACCGUAAGCGUCUUAAGGUGGAAAAGGCAGACCUGGUGAAUCAGAUGCAGCAACUUUAUUCCACACUGGAGAGUCGAGAGGAGCAGCUACGUGAUUUUAUUCGCAACUACGACCAGCACAGAAAAGAGAGCGAGGAUGCGGUGAAGGCUCUCGCCAAAGAGAAAGACAUGCUGGAGAGAGAGAAGUGGGACCUGAGGCGGCAGACUAAGGAAGCCACAGAGCACACGGGAAUGCUGCGCACGCAGUUGGACCUCAAGGAAAACCGCAUCAAGGAGUUGGAGGCUGAACUGGCCAUGAUCAGUAACUGUGUCAAUCAAAGAAUGGAGUUCCGGGUGUUUGAGCGGCUCGGGGACAGGGACUUCUCCCCGAGGGUUAUGUCGGCCAAACAAUCACUAGCCACCCUGACCAAGGACGUGCCUAAGCGUCACUCCCUGGCAAUGCCAACAGAGACGGUUGUCAACGGCAACAACCAGGAGUGGGUGAUGCAGGCUGACCUUCCCCUCACUGCUGCCAUCAGACAGAGUCAGCAGACCCUCUACGUGCACACGGGCCAUCCCACCGACAGACAAGUGGCCGCUGUGCGGGUGAGCCCCUGCCACUCGCGUCAGGCCUCCUUCAUCUCCGACGCCUCGGCCGUGGAGGGAGACAGGUCGUCCACACCUAGUGACAUCAACUCUCCACGUCAUCGGACUCACUCGCUCUGUAAUUCUCUAGAAGAUCUGGAGGUGGCCAAAUGUAAGAAGAAGAAGGAGAAGAUGGGCCUGGGCUCUUUGUCGCGAGUGUUCGCCCGAGGAAAGCAGCGCAAAUCCUUGGACCCGGGUCUGUUUGAUGACUUGGACAGCCUCGGCAGCGGCACCCGCCUCAGCCUCAACUUGCCGGACGGCCCAGAAGAGCAGCUGGACCGCCUGCAGCAGGUGGAGCUGGCCAGGAGCACGCCCAUGUCCCAGUGGAGGGCGGGCACUGUGCAGGCCUGGCUGGAGGUCGUCAUGGCGAUGCCCAUGUACAUACGCACCUGCUCGGAGAAUGUCAAGAGUGGCAAGGUGUUGCUGGGACUAACCGAUGAAGACCUGGAGCUCGGUUUGGGCGUAACCAGUUUGAUGCAUCGUCGUAAACUGCGUCUGGCCAUUGAAGACUACAGAGAGGCUGAGGAUGGAAGAGGGUUGUCCAAAGCUGCAGACAUGGACCACCACUGGGUGGCCAAGGCCUGGCUCAGUGACGUGGGCUUGCCGCAGUACUCGCAGGCAUUUCACACCCACUUGGUGGACGGACGCAUGCUCCACUCCCUGACCCUGCGUGACCUCGAACGCCAUCUCAACAUCUCCAAAAACUUCCACCAGGUCAGCUUGCUGCUGGGCAUCGAGCUUCUGCACUUACUCAAUUUUGACAAGGACGCACUGCAGGCCCGCCGGGUACAGUGUGAGCACCAGAACACGGACCCUUUAGUUUGGACCUCUCAUCGUGUCAUUAAAUGGCUUAAAGACAUCGACCUCAAGGAGUUUGCAGAUGGUGUCGUGAGUAGCGGCAUCCAUGGCGCUGUCAUGGUGCUGGAUCCCAAUUUUUCCAGCGACGCUUUGGCCACGGCGAUGGGAAUUCCCAGCGGCAAGCAUAUGGUUCGCAGACACCUUGAAGAAGAGCUGACAAAUCUGAUAUGCCUGGCCAGGGCGGAUGCCAAGCAAGACUUUGAGCGCUCAGUUUUGGGAACACCGCCAACUCCCCUUCGACAAAACUCCCCCAGCAGGUCGCCCGGCUCUGCCGGUCGUCACACCGAUGAUGAGGGUUCACUGAGGAGGAGGGCUGUCAAGCCGCCAACGGGAUUCAGCCCAAAGAUGCGCAAUGGACGGGACUUGAGCUACCACAGCAGCUACGGGUCACUACCUCGUGAAGUCAGAGAGCAAACACCUCCGAGGACACAAGGAAGCCCCGUCCGGGCUUAUGCCAACAUCGGGGUGACCAAUGUGUGAGGUUAUCUGAGGGCGACAAAGUUGCGGGGGUAUCAAGAGAAACCUUUUGAUCACAGACUGUUGAACUUUGUUCAAGUGUCAAUUUCAAGGAAAACUGCAUCACCGAGAACAGGUGACUUUUCGAACAGAAUCAAAAGUUGCAGAAUUGAAAAUAUAUGGAUUAUUUUUAUAUUUGUUGUUUGUCUGGACUCACUGGAUUUGUAUGAUGGUUUUGUAUUCAAGCACUAAUUGAAUCGAAAAAAAAUGGUCUUAUUGAUGUAAAAUAAUUAUGAUUCAUACGUCUAUGCGGCUCUGAUGUGUGAUGCCUCGUCAGUGUAGCAAAUCUCAAUGGACAAAAGAUGUUGAGUACAAUGUAUGUUUGUCAUUUUUGUCUUGAGGACACACACACACACACACAGUUGACAAAUGUUUGUGUGAAUUGAAAACGAAUCAAAGCUCUGUAUGAAAGAUGAUGGGAUUUUCUUUUUUAUGAAACAUAAGUGAGCAGUGA